ACUCCGCCUCCGAGCGAUGCUCCCUCCGGGGAAUGCUUCCCUCCUCCGAGCGGUCCUCCCUCUGGGGAAUGAUUCACGCCUCCGACCUCCGGGUUAGGCUCGAAGACUCCGCCUCCGAGCGAUGCUCCCUCCGGGGAAUGCUUCCCGCCUCCGAGCGGUCCUCCCUCCGGGGAAUGCUUCCCGCCUCCGAGCGGUCCUCCCUCUGGGGAAUGAUUCAUGCCUCCGACCUCCGGGUUAGACUCAAAAACCGCCUCCGAGCGAUACUCCCUCUUGGGAAUGUUUUUCGCCACCGAGCGAUGCUCCCUCUAGGGAAUGCUUCCCGCCUCCGAGCGGUCCUCCCUCCGGGAAAUGAUUCACGCCUUCCGCCUCUGGGCAAGGCUCGAGCAUCGCUCCGCGGGCUAGAAACGGAGUGGCUCCCGUCAGGCAAGAAGGCGGAGCGCCUCUCAUAGGAUGAAAGACUAAGGCGCAACGCGCUUCCCAGGAAGCCGAGGAAUGAUGCGCUUCCCAAGAAGCCAAGGGAGUAACGCGCUUCACAGGAAGCGAUGGAGCGAUACGCUUCCCAGGAAGCUGAGGAGCGACACGCUUCACA